UUUACAUCUAUCAGUAAAUACAGUUAUUAAGACAUUAAUAGAAACUGUGUGUAAGAAAUGCUUCCAUUUUAACAUUGUGCUAUGUGUGAGAGUUUUCUCCUCUACCAGGAAUAUAUUGAUCAAGGUCUAUCAUAAAUUAUGUAUUUGCAAGUGCUCUAGAGUAUCUUUCUUGAAAUGAGCUGUGCAGUGUGCUUGCUUCUGAGUGCUAAAAAUGUGGAGGUCUUUGAGUUGCUUAUUUGCUGUAUAAAGCUACUAAAGUGAAAAGCACUUGAGGUCAUUUGGCUGUAAAUUGUGGUAAGUUAAGAAUCCUGUAAAACACAGUUUUUUUUGUUCCUUUUGGGAUGUGUGUGUUUUCAUAUGGAAGAUGUGUAUCUGCUGUGUAGUGCAUAUCAUGCAAAGUCUGCUUUGGAACUGGGUGUUUCUUAAUGGACUUUCAUAUAUUGCUUGGCAACGUGGCACGUGGAUAUCUUGCAAGUGCCAAUGUAUUAAUUAACACAACUCUUCAAGGUUGAAGAUGUUGCUUAUCCUUUGUGGGUGGGAUUUCAAGGACUGGAGAGGAUAGUAAUUAGUAUCUGUUCUGAAGAGUUCUAAACGCUUUGGCUCAAACACCAUGAGAAAGUUAAAUCUUCUGAACUGCUUCCUUUUGCUGAAUUAUGAACAUUCUUUCUCUUCCAGCAGCGCUCUUUCAAUAGCAAUUAAUUAUCACAGCACUGCAGUUCACAGAUCAAGGUUGCUGUAGACAACAAACUGGCAUGUUAUGUACAUCUCAGUUUCUGAAGAGCAUCUAGCAGUAAAAUAGUAGGUGAUAAUGAAAUUUCAGCUGUGUCAUAAUACAAACACAGACUGCUUGGAUUGCACAGGAAAACAGCGGUUAAAGUACUGAGAUUGUGGAGAGUGGUAUCAAUGAGACUUCAAAAAAAAUGAACAACGGUAACUUGUCAAAAAUCAGUCUAAUAUGCUUUGCUUCAUGCACUCCCGUUUGUGUUUCUCCUGGAAUUCUGUUCUCCUUCUACUGAAUUCUUGUGACUCCUGCGUGUCCUUCCUCAGGAAAGGAGAUGGAAGAACACAUGAGAAGCAUGCUCCACCACAGAGAACUUGAAAACCUGAAGGGAAGGGACAGCAAUCAUGAAUGCCGGGUGUGCAGAGUGACACUGGUGGGUUUGUCAGCAUAUGCCAAACACAUCUCCAGCCAGCUGCACAAAGAUAAUGUUGAUGCCCGUGACAGAAAAGAGGAAGAGAAAGAAGAGGCAGAAGAAGAAUACCUUGACAAAGAAGUCAUUCAACUAAUCAAACAAAGGAAGGAACGGAACCGGCAAACUGAGCCAAGCUGUGCAAACCAAGAAUUAGAAUGUGACGAGAGGAGACCACAGAGAAGGCGAGAAGAAAGAACUACUUACAAAGGAAGAGAAGCUUAUGAUCAGUCAUCAUGGCAUCAUCAUAAUGCACCACAGAGGGACAGGAAGUGGGAAAAGGAUGACUAUAUUAGUCCUAGACAAGGCAAGUUUUCACACUCUCAGAGGAACCUUAACAGACAUUCAGGUGGCUCAAAGGGACGCUCUGGAUGGCAUCAAAAUGUUUCGGGAAGCUCUUCAAAUUGGCAUAACUAUGGGAAUUCUGGAAGUGCUUGGCAUCCAAAUAGGCGGGGACGAGGAGCGUCAAAUUGGCAUCACAGUGCUAGGGAGAGAAAUUCUACUUGGCACUCAGAAGGAGCAGGUAAUUUUUCUAGUUGGAAUUCUAAGUGUUAUGGAGGAAACUGGAAAUCUAGUCCUCAUGGUACAAAUGGCUGGAAUUGUGGAAACUCAGGAGAUACAUAUUCGGUAGAACCUAUUAAAUAUAAUAAGGAAAGAUAUGCAUGGCAGCUGCAGGAGAAAGACAUUGAUGUUCCGCCAUACAGAGAUCGAAAAAAUAGGAAAGAGUUGCUUGAUUUUACUAGUGAUAAACUUCCUUUUGAGGGGGCUUUGGAUUUUGGUACGUUAAAGCAACCAGAAAGCAAAACUUCAAGAGCCAGUGGGAAAAGUGGCAGUCCUUCCAGAGAUAAAAUAUAUCGCUGGACUCCCUACCCAUCCCAGAAAGCUGCAGAGCAGCAACCAUGGUCUGAAGAUAACAUAUCUGAAACUCCAGAUACGAUGGAGUCUGUAUUUAUGCCUCUUACUGAUUCAUCAAUGAAAGGAAAAAUUUGUGAAGCCAGUGUUAGCCUUUCAAGACUUAAAAACGGGGAAGCAUCUUCCCCUUCUGAUGUGACCUCGGAUCACCUUGAUUCUUGCAAGGUAAUGAAAGACUGUUCCAGUGGUGAAAAGCCUGACAAAAUUGAUGGCACAAGUAAUAAGAUGCCAUCACUGAAGUCCCCUCUUCUGAAUAUCACAGAUAUUAGGUUAGCUUCCCCAAAACAAGACAGAAACAGUCUCUUAAAAAAUGUCAAGCUUUUGUUAUCCUCAGCUAGUGGCGAAGAGCAGAAUCGUUUAAAUGCAUUGAACUUGGAAACAAACAGUUCCUCCUCUUAUUCAUCGAAGCUGCAUGGUGCAUGUGCUGAUAACUUACAAAACAACAAAGAUGUGCUUGGUAGCCAUCUUGGAGAGACUGUUAAUAAGUUAUGUGAAGCAGAACAAAACCCCGAAGAUGUUCAGUCCACCCAUUCCUUACAAAGUGUUCCCUUAAGCUCUUGCAAGGAUACAAGUGACCAGAAUAGGGAAGAAACUGGGAAAACAUCACCAAAGGACGAGUUCAGACUAGAUUCGUUAGAAGAUGUGAGUGAUGAUGAUUUAACAGGAGGUGAGAAGUUAGAAGCAAGAGCUGAAAAGUUGGGCUCUUCUGUUAGUUCUCGUUUACCUUGUGACACUCCAGAAGGUAAACCUGCUACCUCUGAAAAGGAUGAUGAUGAAAAGCCGGCUGCUUCAAGUAUUGCUUCUGCUGAUCUAAAAGAUUCUAUGUUUCAGAUGGACUCCACAGUUUCUCCAUCAAGCUGUCAGAACCAUGUGCAUGUAGAUUUGAAAACCUCCUCACAGGAUCGAGAAGGGGAUGAAGAGCACGUCAAGUCACAUGAUCACUUUGAAAUGGAAGGUUUUGAAAAUCAUUCAGAUCAUGAGCUACAAAAAGGAGGAGGCCAGUCACUGGGCCUCCUUCCUGAUUUAAGCAAACUUGGCCUCCCUGCAUCUCUGCAAAGAGACCUGACACGACAUAUUAGUUUGAAGAGCAAAGUCGGAACACAUCUUCCAGAGCCCAAUCUCAAUAACGCACGGCGCAUUCGGAAUGUGAGCGGCCAUCGGAGAAGUGAGACUGAGAAGGAGUCGGGGCUUAAACCCACCCUCAGGCAGAUUCUUAGUGCUUCCCGUCGAAAUGUAAACUGGGAUCAGGUCAUCCAGCAGGUAACCAAGAAGAAACAGGAACUUGGCAAAGGCUUACCAAGGUUUGGCAUAGAAAUGGUGCCUCUUGUUCAAAAUGAGCAAGAGGGUCUAGAACUCGGUGAAGAAUCUGAUCUGUCUACUCUAGAAGGAUUCCAGUGGGAAGGGAUUUCCUUAGCAAUGCCUGGCUCAGCCAGAAAACGUAGCUUUUCUGAAAGCAGUGUCGUUGCAGACAGAAAUCCUUCUGCUUAUAGCUUCUUCAGUGAACAAGCCAAAAUAAAAGAAAGCGGGCAAAGGCAAAUAGCUGCAGACAGCCACUCGCAUCAUAUACCAUCUGCGUAUGAGGCAAGCGCUGACACUGAGGCUGACUUGAAACAGGAGACAUCUUCUCUUCCUGUGUCACCACUUAUGUAUGAAAAAAAUGAGACUAGUGGAAGGAGUCACAGCCUACAAGCCACCUCCGAGGUUGCAGUCCUCACAAAACAGGACCAGGAGAGCCCAGAGAAGAGAACACCUCUUCUCGAAAAACAAAACGUGCUAGAAAUCUCAGAAGAAAACCGUCCAGCUUCAAAUCAUGCUUCGCUUCUUACAGUGUCUAAUAACAUAGAUGCAGCUACAGACAGCAGCUGCACAUCUGGUACCGAGCAGAAUGACAGCCAAGGAAUUGGAAAGAAAAGAAGAGCAACUGGAGAGGGAUCUUCUCCUGAAAUCCCUAGUCUAGAAAGAAAGAAUAAGAGAAGAAAAAUCAAAGGUAAAAAAGAACGUUCUCAGGUAGACCAGUUGUUGGCAAUUUCGCUGAGGGAAGAAGAGUUAAGCAAGUCCUUGCAUAGUGUGGACAGCAGUCUCUUGCAGGCCAGGGCUGCCCUGCAGGCUGCGUAUGUUGAGGUUCAACGGUUCCUUGUAUUAAAGCAGCAGAUAACCAUGGAAAUGAGUACGCUGAGAAGCCAGAGAAUCCAGGUCUUGCAGGGGCUACAAGAAACAUAUGAACCUUCUGAGCUGUCAGAGCAACUUCCCUGCAGUGUCUUAAGUGAAAGAAGAAAUAGCAAAUCUCACAUGGCAGCUGACUUAAUUCCUGCAGGCAGCUUCCUGCCCCUGUUGGACACUUUGUCGUCUUCUGUAGCUCCAUUGGGAGCUUCUGUUCAUGUUCACGUGCCAUCACCAUUCCAGUCUUCUGGUAUCGCAUCUGCCACUCCUCCUGACUCCUCAGUACAAGUUAAACGAGAACCUGUGUCUCCAAAAGGCUCAGAAGAAAAUGUGAAUUCUGUACUCCAGAGCUCUCCGUGUGCUUCACGAGCAGAAGAGGGGGAGCAGAAGGGUGAAGAGACCAACCAGAAAACUUCAGUGUAUCCAGUUAUCUCUGCAACCAUAUCCCUAUCAGAGCUGGCAGCUUGUUUCCGACAGCCUAAUCAAGAUGUUCACAAGCCUGCUGUGGACAGCGGAGAAGCUGGACUUCCUGAGAACCCUUCUUCUCAUUCACUAUCUGAUUUCAACAAGAGAGAAGCAAAUGACACAGUGACUGAAAGCUUUUUACUGGAUCAGUGUAACACUUCUCUUCUAAAGCAUUCGGCCCUUCUAGAAAUGCCUAUGGAUAAACCCCCCAAAUUGUCAGCAGAACCAUCUGAACAACAGAUGGCAACUGCUAUAGUCUCAGCAGAAAAAGGGAGCAGGAGGAGGAGAAAGUUAAGGAAGAAGAAAACUCUGAGGGCAGCCCAUGUGCCAGAGAACAGUGAUACGGAGCAGGAUAUAAUUGACUCUAAGCCUGUCCGGAAAGUCAAGGGUGGAAAGGUUCCUAAAGGAGAAAAAGUUACUACAUCUACUCCAAAACAGGAGGAUGGAGUUACUGCUCACACAGCAAGAAACAAAGAUGAGAAUGACAGUGAUGCUUCUCUGGAACUAGUGGAAUUUCCAGCACCCCAGUGUGAGGUGGUUGAUGUUGUUUCAUCAGAGUCUGGAGAUGAGAAACCAGACAGUCCCUCAAAGAUGCAGUCACGUGGCUCUAUGGAUCAAGCAGUCCUACAGGUGUCUUGCUCGGGUUAUGAUGAAGUGAGCUCUACCAGUGAGAUUGGCACAAAUUAUAGGGAUGAUGGGAAAAGAAGUAUGUCUGAGAUGCAGACUUCCAUAGCAUCACUAAGAGGAUCAAAGAACUCAUCAGAAGUCUCUUCGGAGCCAGGUGAAGAUGAAGAACCCACAGAGGGAAGCUUUGAGGGACACUUGGCUGCAGUGAAUGCUAUUCAGAUUUUUGGGAAUUUGUUGUAUACCUGCUCAGCAGAUAAAACUGUUUGUGCCUACAAUCUGGUCAGCAGGAAGUGUGUGGCCAUCUUUGAAGGACAUACUUCGAAAGUGAACUGCCUCCUGGUCACUCAGACAAAUGGGAAGAAUGCUGCACUCUACACUGGCUCAAGCGACCACACUAUCAACUGUUACAAUAUCAAGACCAAAGAGUGCAUGGAACAGUUUAAAUUGGAAGAUCGAGUGCUCUGUUUACACAGCAGAUGGCGGAUCCUUUUUGCAGGCCUUGCAAAUGGCAAUGUAGUUACUUUCAGCAUAAAGAACAACAAGCAGGUUGAUACCUUUGAAUGCCAUGGCCCUAGAGCAGUGAGCUGUCUAGCCACAGCUCAGGAAGGAGCACGCAAGUUGUUGGUGGUGGGCUCCUAUGACUGCACCAUCAGCGUGCGAGAUGCACGGAACGGGCUGCUUCUCAGAACCCUGGAAGGUCACAGCAAGACUAUCCUCUGUAUGAAGGUUGUGAAUGAUCUGGUGUUCAGUGGCUCCAGUGAUCAGUCUGUACAUGCCCACAAUAUUCAUACUGGAGAGCUGGUACGGAUCUAUAAAGGCCAUAACCAUGCGGUAACGGUUGUAAACAUUCUUGGGAAAGUGAUGGUGACAGCAUGUCUGGAUAAAUUUGUUCGUGUUUAUGAACUACAGUCGCACGACCGCUUGCAAGUCUAUGGAGGCCACACAGAUAUGAUUAUGUGUAUGACCAUCCAUAAGAGCAUGAUCUACACUGGAUGCUAUGAUGGCAGUGUCAGAGCUGUGAGGCUUAAUCUGAUGCAGAAUUAUCGUUGCUGGUGGCAUGGAUGUUCACUGAUCUUUGGAGUUGUGGACCAUCUGAAACAACACUUGCUAACUGACCACACCAACCCAAAUUUUCAGACCCUAAAAUGUCGUUGGAAGAACUGUGAUGCUUUCUUUACUUCCAGGAAAGGUUCCAAGCAGGAUGCUGUAGGACACAUUGAAAGACAUGCUGAGGAUGACAGCAGGAUUGACUCAUGAAGCUUUUCACCUCCCACAUUGGGAAGUAAUUUUAUAUGUCAGAACUAUUCCAAAUAACAUCAAUUUCUUACUCCAGUCUUUCGUUUUUCUUUUCCCAUUUGGAGUGCAAAAAUGGAGUGGGGCUGAAAUGCCUUGUUACAGAGGCUGCAGGUCAUGUUACACUCUGUAGAAAUAAGGCUGGUCAAUUAAGACUUGGCCCAAAUGGAAGAUUCUUGCAAGUUUUUAAUUCAUUGACAGAUAAGAAUAUUCCCUCCUCUUGUCUGCUCUGGGUUUUUGUUGUUUGUUUUUCCUUUUUGUUUUUGUUUGCUUUUGGGUUUUUUUAAGCAGCAUAGUCUGAGUGUCCUUGAGAAAUCCAGAAGGGUGUUGAGAACUUAGAUUACAAUAGGUUCUGAUGUUUGCGAAAUCAGCUUGAAGCCUGUUAUGUUUCUCAGGUAUGUCUGGUUUUAUGUUGUAUCCAAUUUUUUUAGCUGAUUUUAACAAAAUUCUGCAAACUAGAGUAUCACAGAUUGUAACAGUGUAACCUGAAUACCCAGUGUACAUUUUUAGUUCAUAAAAAGAAAAGGUAUUUUAUGGAGAACUGGAAUAAGUAAUUUUUUUUAAUGUUAAUUGUAACUUAUUUUUUAUUCCUUGUGUAAAAAUUGCUGUAACUGGCACAAUAUAUAUACAAUGACAAACUGCCCUAAAUGCUGUACCUCCUUUUAUUUAUUUGGAGGAAAACACUUAUUUCUUGAGAAGUAUGCCAGUAGCAGCAAACCAGCCAGAACAGUGGCUGUGCUCAUGUGGUUUGCAGUCUUUGUCUUUUUAAAUAUAGGUCCUUAUGUACAGGAAAAGUAAGUGGUGUCAGCUUUUGUUUUAGCUAAAUACCAGCAUAACCACUGCUAUCUUGAUACAGCACCAUAAUUGGAUUCCUGAUUUUAUUUGGAAUCUUAGUGACUGAGCUUUGCAGUCCCAUUUCUCAUGAUGUAGCAAACUUCAGAGAAAUGCAAAGGCACUGCCUGUCUAACUGCAUCCACUUAGGUUGUGUUUUGUUUCUGUUGUGAACUGGCUUAAUUGGCUUGGGCUGUAUGAAGUUCACAAAAACUCAACUGGAAAGAAUGGAGCAGGAUUUUAAAGGAUUUAAAAGUCUACAGUUCUCAAGCAGAAGCUGAGGAUAAAAAAUGCAUACAUACCACAUGAUAAAGUCUUGUUUCUACUAAUGCAGAGAAGCCAGUGCAGAGGUGAAGACUCUUUCUACUUGUAAGGAUUCUUCUGCGGGCAUCCCUUGGGAUGGAAAACUUCACCCAGUUAAUUCUGUGAAAUGUACUUCUUGCAUUUGUGACCCUCUCUCCCAUAAUGACACUAAUUUAGCAAAGAGCUCUUUUAAACAAUGAGGCUAAUCUAGCAAGGAGCUUUGUGUUCACUUUUGCCUAACUUACUGCUCAGGAUAAAAAGAAAAAAAAAAAGCAAGGUUGCCUUAAACUGUAACAGAAGGUAAAGACAGCCCAGUGUCAAAACUGAGCUGCUCACAAAUGAUGCUUUUCAAACAAAUUGAGCCUACUGUUUUUACUAGGCAACUCUUUGACCACUACUUCAACGCUUGGUAUGCCAAAACAGGCCACGUAAGUUUUAUAGCCUCAUUCUUUGCCUACAGAGAAGCCUUUUUAGGCCAAGAAACUGAUUGAGGAAAGCCCAUGCAUGUUCCACUACCAUCAAAUCAAGGAACUUCAGGGCCUUCUCUGAAGCAAACUAUUUUUUGUUGUUGUAGUGGACAAGUAUCAUUUCUCUUUAGUUGCUUGACAUUGAUGAUUUUUUUUUAGUGAGAGACAAGAAUAAAAUAGGAAUGAGGGGCAGUAGCAUCCUAUUUCAAAGACAUAGGAGUCUCUGAGGUUCCAAUGCUUCUGUGGUGAUUUGUUUGGGAUUUUUAUUAAGCUGUUUGUGGACAGGCAAAAUCCCUGAUAUGUGGCUCAGCCCCCGGGCUGUUUUGAGGGUGGUUUUAUUUUGGUUUUUGGGGUGUGUGUUUGUGCUUUUGAUUUAUUUUUAAUUUUUUUUUCUUUCUGUAGUCUGUGGAUGAAGUGGUUCAAGAGAGAAUCAGAUUCAGGGAAAUCUGAGCAGUGUCAAUGUUUUCUGAUGCAGGCUGUAUUGCUCUAAAGUCUUGAGGGUAUUUGCGGUUUUUUUUCAUGACCUAAGAGCAGAAGACUGCAUGAUACUUAAACCAUUUCCAAAAUUAUUGAUAUUCAAGAGUAGUUGUGGGGGUUUUUUUGAACCUCAAUAAGGGAGCAUGUAAAAGCGUGGCAUAAACAAUUUGAACGUCUGAAGCUGUCCUUCAUGGACUGUGCUUGAAGUGAAGGUGUGUGUCCUGAGGACAAGCAUUCUGAAAAAUAGUGUGUGAGAGUAGAUUUUGUUACUUCUUCCUUGUGACUCUUCACAUUCUUUCAGCUGUUUUCAGGAGUGUAUGAAGAUCUUUCUCACUAGAUGUUGCAGUGAACAGUUAUUACACUGUAUUUGCAUUCCUGAUUGCUUGUUGAGUUUAUCUUUUCUAGUUGGUGGAAGCAGACUUCCUUUUCUUGUAGUCUACGAUACUUCUUUAUCUGGCCUUGAAAACAGUCCUUCUGAAAAGUCUGGGCUUACGAAAUCCAGCUUUAGCAGUGACGCUUUUUGCUGCUUCGUAGGUCAUUUCAGAUAUAUUGUAAGAAUCUUAAAGUGGAUAAGAGGCAGGAAUAGCAGAGCUGCAUGAGUGUUUGUAGAAUUUUGCUUUAUGAAUUAAGAACAAUCUUUAAAAUGGCUCAGGGGGUUAGAGGAAAAUGCUGUGCUGCUUUCUUCUGGGGAUAUCAUUUGCUAUGAAGUUGUUGUACAGCUGUGGAAAUCCCCAAGCUUCUCUGGAGUUCUGUGGGCAGGUUUCCUAUUUGUUCAGCUGGAAUUUGGUUCAGCUUUUGCUAUUGACAAUUUGCUUCUUCUGGAGGCAGUUGUAGAAGAGAGAUGCCAAACUAAUGUAUCGGCUUGGUAGCCAUUAGUGGCAUCCUCUCCACUCUUGGAGCUUAGGGUUUUGACUGCUGAUAUACCUCUGGUUGAAGAGUUCUGCAUGAAAAGCAGUACUGCACCUCUGAAGCCUGUUUCAGGACUAUUUUUGUUUUCAGUUUGUUUUUUAUGCAAGUAAAAAGUUGUGGGUGGAAGAGUGAGUAGAGUGAAGGUUUAUUUUGUGGUUAGCUGUGUUUAUCUUAUUAGUCAAAUAUUAAAUAAGGAGCUCUGGACUCGCUAUAUGGCUGACUCCAUAUGGCAGGCCCUUUUGGGGGGCAAGGCACCAUAUUCCUCUUAGCAGGAUUGAUAUUGUGUCUAUUAAGAUAUGAGCCUCCCUGGCGGACA